GGAGGAAUUCUAUUUAUCUGGUUGAUGUCGAACGAGCAAGACGGUGACAUUAUGCUGCGAGCUUCUGUUGCGAGAGAAGGGUUGGGCUGUCGCGGGUUGUGAGGUGUUUGAGGAAUGUUCUUGCGCACUGUAGUUUUCGAAGUACUCAUGCUUUUUAUAUAUUGCGGUGGCAUUAUGCUGCGAGGUGCUGUUGCGAGAGAAGGAUUGGGCUGUGGCGGGUUGUGAGGUGUUUGAGGAACGUUCUUGCGCACUGUAGUUUUCGAAGUACUCAUGCUUUUUAUAUAUUAUACAUAUUAGUACGGAGGAGCCGUCUGAGGUGGAAGUCAUUGCCCCUCUAAUUUAUCUCUGUUGCACUCCGUUGCUGUUUGUUGAUAAUUAUCGAGACUUGAAUGCUGUGUUUUUUCUUAAAGCUGGUUUACUUUCAUCGUCCUUUUUUAAUCUACUUCUCUAUGAUGCCGCCUCCUUGCCAUCCCGCGUUUUUUUCUACUUUGAGCUAUUAUAUGUUUUACCACUCUGGGUUUUCAUCGCUUUAAAUCAGGUUUUCAAGGUCGGACUGUAUUCUUUUCGUGUGCGUGUAGAGUGCAUUGUUAGCUAUGCUCGCGUGAGCUUGUUUUCUGUCUCUCUCUACCUCUCUGCCUCUCGCUCUUUCUCGCUGUCUCUUGCUCCUUUCUCUGACUGAUUUAACGUAGUAUCAAUUUGUGGAUUUCGUUCGCGUUUAGAAAUGACAGAAUUCUUAGAAAUGAAGAUUGUAUUGUUAGGGUACGUCGUAUUUCCGUAUUACUUGAGAUGCAGUGCUGCGUCUGCCCUUGGUGUUUCACAGCUCGCUGUUCGCCCGCCCUUCAUGCGCUGCCAAUGUUCACGGUCCGUCAUUCAGACGUGUCUUCGAGGAUUUUUUUCGUUUUGGGUGUUGUUCUCCGCGCCACAUAUCUUCUCUUCGGCAACAUUUUUUUUUCGGUCUGUUUCUCUAAUCCUGUGCCGGUUUUUACUUCUCUUGGAGUAAUGAUGACCAGUGCAAUCCUUGUUGUGUUCUCUCUCUGGCUCUCUUCUUCGCUGUACUGUCUCGGCAUCUGCGCUUCCGUUGGCGAUCCUCCAUCUCCGCGGUUCCCGUACCACGUGCUCUCGUGGCAGUCUGUGGUGUACGCCAUAACUUCCAUCGUGUGUAGGCCUAAUGAUAAUCGCCGCAGUAUCUGGUCGAUCUGCUCUCUCCUUGUCAUCGGAGGACCACUUGGUGUGUGUUCAAACACACCCGUUGGUGCGGACUAGAACACCUAUUUGCUGUCUACUCUGGAGUAGUGUGUGUGGGUCGUCGUCGCAUCUAAAGAUUCCGUCUCGGGAAUGCUUGUGUGAGUAUCAUGCCCCGACCCUAGCACAACUGUGAGCGGGUAUAGGUCGUUGUCUACUGUCCGAGGCAAUUCGUUUGCGCGGCGAUGGUACCGUUUGUCUCGUUUCCUUUCUUCCGAUCAAGAGAAAAGAAGUCUGGAGGUACUCUGGAAGAGUGUGUGUGGGUGGUCGUCGCAUCUAAGUAUUCCGUCUCGGGAAUGCGUGUGUGAGUAUCAUGCCCCGACCCUAGCACAACUGUCAGCGGAUAUAGGUCGUUGUCUACUGUCCGAGGCAGUUCGCUUUCGCGGCGAUGCUACCGUUUGUCUCGUUUUCUUUCUUCCGAUCAAGAGAAAGAAGUCUGGAGGAAUGCGGGGAGGAGCGAUUUCGCGCACGGAAAGGUGGACACAGCGAUGGCGAGGCGAUAUCUGAUAAACGAGGAUGAGGAACAUCUCCUCGUUGCUGUGGCUUGGCGGUAAUGUGACGAGGAGCGAUUUCGAGCACGGAAAGGUGAGCACAACGAUGUCGAGGCGACGUCUGAUCGUACAUCGCUCCUCGAGCUGUCGUCAUACAUCAACAAGGAUGAUGGACAUCUCCUCGUCGCUGUGGCUUUCCCUAACGUCGAUGACCUGGGCUCUCGCUGUUUUGGCUAUUCGAGUGCCGGUGUCUCAGCGGUAAUGCACUUUGUCUAGCCGGUGAGAGGAGGGGAGAAGGAAGGUGGUGGGAAGUCGUCGCGAGUCUGCACAGCCUCUUCGACAUUCGGUCCUGAGAACUGGUUCCAUUGCGCCAACUUUGUGUAUGGUCAUUGAGGAGAUUAUAUCCUAUUCGUCCCCAGGCCAACUCGCUGGCGAAUGGAGAGAACGGAGGAAGGGGUAGACGAAGGGAGAGGAAUGAGAAGACAGGGAGGAGAAGGUAGAAAAGAGAAGGGGUUCGACGGAGCAGGGGAAGGUGGUAAGGUGAGGUCGUUGGGUGAUAGCUUGCUUGUGCUGCUGGGAGCUAUAAAAAGGGGGGGGCAGAGGGGCAGGUAUAUGGUUCCCCUUUUGACGACGACGACGAUGGAGGGUAUGGAUCACUCAAUCUCUUGGUUUCGUCCGUUACGACAUGCAGUUGAUCUUGGUGAUUACAUUCUAUGUCCUUUGGCCCUAAUCAAAUUAAUAAGAGGUUUGUUAAGUUGAGCUGUUGCCGCGUGAUGAGAAACUUUCGAUCCGCUCCUUGGUUGGUUCGCCGCCGCUGUCUAAUCCCCUUAUCUGACAAAAUUGCUGCCGUGUCCGUUGUGACACGAAUACGCUGGACUGUACUCUUCUCCCUGCCCCACCUCUCCAUCCUCUUCUCUCCCAGUGUGACGUUGCCUGAUGUCCAUUCCUGUCCAACCUUUUUCCCCUUCUCUGUUUGGUACGCUGUCCAUUGCUCUUCUUGGGUCUGCUCUUGUUUGAGAAGCUGGGAACGUCCCCAUUGGUGACAUCGAGUGUGUGAUAGCAUCGCACCACUCCCAAGGUACUGUUACAGUAACUCUUCUCAGCCUGGGGCUCCUGAAAAUUAACGACACAGCUAAUCUGUCAAGGACAGGGAGUUUGUGAACUAGAGCGGUGAACUCUUGAAGUUCUGUAAACCACUUUGCCUCGUCUUGUCUAGCGAAGCUUAUGCCUUUGUGGGUGGGAAUGAAUGCUCAUCGUGAAGCGCAUCGACUGGAGAGAGAGGAAAGUGUGCUGUUCACGAACCUGUCAAGGACAAACAAGGGGAUAAGUGUGAACUGAAGUUAUGAACCUGUCAAGGACAAACAAGGGGAUAAGUGUGAACUGAAGUUAUGAACCUUCGAGUUGUUUUGAAUAAAAUGUGCGCUCGAUUCAUGAUUCUCUGUCCUUGUUUCUUCCCCAAAGGGAAUUGGCCCCCCAACAUUCUAGUAUCCUUGAGGAUUCGAACUGACGACCGUCUAGGAUUUGAACAGACGAUCUGUCUAGUUAUCAAAAAACAUGAGUUUCAUUAGAAUCUGAUGUGGUUGUGUGGGAGUAGCGAGGACUCGGAACGAGUGAGCCAAAGCAACGAGAAAUGAGAAAAGUCAAUCGAGGAAUACGUUAACAUCACCACAUUGCUCGAUGGAGUUGUCCUCAAUUGCGCAAGCACAAGAAAACAUCUAAUGUGUUUGCGUGUUCUGCGCAAUUGUAGCAUAUCUAGUGAGUAAGGGGAUCUGUUGAUGACAACAUGGUUUUCCAUUCUCUCUCUCUCUCUCUGUGUGUUCAGCGCUGCUGCGCUUGUUGUGUGUUUGGCGAACCCGGUUUCCUUGCCGAGGGUACGAGUGUGAGGAAACUGGAAGAUGGUGGGAGAUGUUUGGGAGGAGCUAUUGUGUGCUGGGAGCAAGCUUUUUUGCUUUGGUGGUGGCUGCACGCUGCACGUGGGGAGGCUUUGUUUGGAAGAGCACUGUGUUUUCUGGCAGCAAUAGCUUUUGUGGUGGCUGUGCGUUCCAGGUGCUUGAUAGAUUUCUCAGAACCGUCUGUCACUUGUCUGAUCAGAAAGUACGGUCGUCAUCUUUACACCUAGACCGAAAUCCACCACAG